AAUUGGAAUAUGGCAACUCAUAUGAAAUAGAAUAUAUGGAGAAAAUAGGCUCCUCUGUGCCUGAUGACAGCACCCCGAAAAAACAAUCUUUGUACUUGAUGUUUGACGCCCAGCAAGAGAGCCCGGUCAAGUCGCCUCCCAUGAGGCUGUCGGAUUCCACAACGCCGUGCUCAGGGUCAAGUUUUGAAGACCCUGAGACCCAGCAACCCUCUGGGAUGAAAAUCCAACAUCCGGCCUCCCGAGUGCUUGCUGCCAGUCAAGAGGCACACUUACAGUCCCCGGACAAAUCCAAGCAGAAGGACCUCGAGCCCAUGACUCUAGGAACAGUUUCAGAGACCAUUGAAAUAACAUCUCCUGAGGACUCCUUUGUCUCUGCGGACGCCCUUCUCAAUAGGAUAUCUAAGAAAACUGCAAUAUGUGAUCAGCCUGAAUAUCUAGAUCCUGACUUAGCGGAAAAGAACCCUCCAGUAUUUGCUCAGAAACUUCAGAGAGAACCUGCCAUCCCAGCAGAUGUUUCCAUCUCUAAAAGUGCACUGUACUCCCGGAUCGGCACCUCGGAGGCAGAGAGCACCCCGGGUCUUCUCUACCCACAUGAUGAGGAAAGGGGGCAAAAAGGAGUGCAUGAGUAUGAGAUUUUGUGGAUACUCAGCUCUGCAUCUGAAUGCAAAAACAGCAGAUCUCCUUGCAGGUCAAACCAGGAGAGCUUAUUCAAGAACCAUAUUGUGACCAAGGAAAGAGAAGUAGCUGAGUGGAAGGAGAAAUACGAAGAAAGCAGAAGGGAAGUGAUGGAAAUGAG